AUGAGCAACAGGUGCGGCUACAUGAUCGACAACGUGAUUCUGCUGGUGAGCGGCGCGCUGCAGAAGAAGUCCGUGCGGGACCUGCUGGGGCGGUGCCACCCGCUGGGCCGCUUCUCGGAGAUGGAGGCCGUCAACAUCGCGGACACGCCGUCCGACCUCUUCCACGCGGUCCUGGUGGAGACGCCCUUGGCGCCGUUCUUCCAAGACUGCAUGUCUGAGAACACACUCGAUGAGCUGAACAUUGAAGUUCUGCGCAAUAAGCUGUACAAGUCUUACCUGGAGGCGUUCUAUAACUUCUGUAAGGAUCAUGGUGACGUCACAGCAGAAGUCAUGUGCCCCAUUCUCGAG